AUCUACUCUGGUCUAUCCCUGCCUGCCUGCCUUUCCAGCCGAGACAUUCGGUCUGACUUUCCCAGACAAAUUUUAUCCAAAAGAAAAAAAACACUUCAGAUUUGAGAAUGUCUAGUUAUAGGAGCAACACAUACAGUGUGAAGAGUUCUACUGCCCCACGAAGCUUCAGCAGCAGUUCCUAUGCUGGACCUAGCACUAUCUCCUCCCGCAGGAGCUACAGUGUCAAGAGUUCCUAUGGAGGAGGCAACCGGGGCUUUGGAGGAGCUGGCAUCUCUAGCAGCUCUUCCUAUGCCCUUGGCUCAAGCAUGGGGGGCACAGGCAUGGGCAUGGGCAUGGGUAUGGGCUUCAGUGGAGGCAUGGGUGGUCAGGCCCCUAUCACUGCUGUGACUGUGAACAAAAGCCUGCUGGCUCCCUUGAACCUCGAGAUUGACCCCACCAUCCAAGUUGUCCGCACACAGGAGAAGGAGCAGAUCAAGACCCUCAACAACCGCUUUGCUUCUUUCAUUGACAAGGUUCGCUUCCUGGAGCAGCAAAACAAAAUGCUGGAGACCAAAUGGAACCUGCUGCAGGGACAGACCACCACUCGCUCCAACAUCGAUGCCAUGUUCGAGGCCUACAUCACAAAUCUGCGCAGACAGCUAGACAGCCUGGGCAACGACAAGAUGAAGCUGGAGGCUGACCUGCACAACAUGCAGGGCCUGGUGGAGGACUUUAAGAACAAGUAUGAAGAUGAGAUCAACAAACGCACAGAGUGUGAGAAUGACUUUGUCCUCAUUAAGAAGGAUGUCGAUGAGGCCUACAUGAAUAAGGUGGAGCUGGAGGCCAAGCUGGAGAGUUUGACAGAUGAGAUCAACUUCCUGAGGUCGAUCUAUGAGGAGGAACUGCGUGAGCUCCAGGGACAGAUCAAGGACACUUCAGUCAUUGUGGAGAUGGACAACAGCCGCAACCUAGACAUGGACUCCAUUGUGGCUGAAGUCAAGGCUCAGUAUGAGGACAUUGCCAACCGUAGCCGUGCUGAGGCAGAGACAUGGUACAAGUCAAAGUAUGAGGAGAUGCAGACAUCCGCCAGCAGAUACGGAGAUGACCUGAGGUCAACCAAGACAGAGAUUGCAGAUCUCAAUCGCAUGAUCCAGAGACUGACAUCAGAGAUUGAUGCCGUCAAGGGACAGCGUGCCAACCUGGAGGCCCAGAUCGCUGAGGCUGAGGAGCGUGGUGAGAUGGCAGUGAAAGAUGCCAAGGCCCGCAUUAGAGACCUGGAAGAUGCCCUACAGAGAGCCAAACAAGACAUGGCCCGCCAGAUCAGAGAAUACCAGGACCUGAUGAAUGUCAAGCUGGCUCUGGACAUUGAGAUCGCCACCUACAGGAAACUUCUGGAGGGAGAGGAGGACAGGCUGGCGAAUGGCAUCAAGGCUAUCAACAUCUCCCAACAGAGCACAAGCUACAGCGGUUACCCCAUGGAUACCAUGAAGAGCAGCUACUCAGCUGGUUAUUCCAGUGGUUUUAGUGGCGGAUAUGGCAGCGGAUACGGCAGCAAAUUGGGUGGCUUCAGCAGCGGCAGCGGCGGAGGCUACAGCACCACCCAAACCAAGAAGAACGUUGUUAUCAAGAUGAUUGAGACCAAGGAUGGUAGAGUGGUGUCUGAGUCCUCUGAGGUCAUUGAGGAUUGAGCUCUAUAGUUUAAAGGUGUAGCUACCUGUCUGCUAUGAUCUCCUCUGGUAGUUUUAUAUGAACAGUUCACCCCCAACUAUUAAAAUAAACAGGUCGGAAGUAAAGUGCUUACCAGCCAUUUUCCAAUAGAGUAUAACAUUUUUUUCAUUAAGCAAUAAAUUAUCCUAACACUACCAAAGAUCUGAAAGGGACCAAAAAAUGUAUUUUUUUACAUCAGAUAUCUGACUAUGUGUCCUAAAGUAGUAGUUAAGUGAGAUAAAAACUGGGCAAAUUGCACAUAUGAAAAAAAAAGAUAUUUAUAACACUCCCUUGAAAGCUAUGCAACAGCUUUCCCAUACACAAAAGACUGUCCUUCAAAAUGGUGUUGUAUCAAAUGGACAGUGGUGUUUUCAGAGGAAUGUGAUUGUACCGAAACAGUGCUUCAGCGUAACUUCUUAAAAUUGCCUGCUACAGUAGGUAGUGCAUGUCUUCCCUGUGUGUGUACUGUAACUGAAACGGUUUGAUCCUUUAACAGGCUGCCCACAUCAUCCUGUUUUCCCGAGGUGCGUUUUUGCUACCAAAUAAAAAUGUGUUUACUGAAAAAAAA